AUGAAGUCUCGUAACUCCAGCUCUACCACCCUUGUCGACACACCGGCGGCAGCGCUCAAGGUGGCUCAAAACAACAAGAGAGGUAGUUCCUCUCUGAAAAAUCGCGGCAAGGGUGUUGUGAAAGAAGGCGGCGGCGGCGAAGGGGAUCAGUCGGAGCAACAGGUUCAUAUAUGGACGGAAAGGGAGAGGAGGAAGAGGAUGAGGACGAUGUUCACCAAUCUUCAGGCCUUGCUCCCUCAACUCCCUUCCAAGGCGGACAAGUCGACCAUUGUGGACGAGGCAAUAAGCUACAUCAAGACCCUCCACCAAACCCUCCAAGCCCUCGAGAAGCAGAAGCUCGAAAAACUCCAAGGACUCCUAAACCUCGACAGCGAGCCGUCUGCAGUUUCAGUGAUCACCACAUCACAAGCCGCAACACCACAGCUACCAUUUGCAGUAGCAGCCGAUCAAUCUUGGCCGUCGAAGCCCUUCCCUCCGCCGUCGAUGAUCACUACAAGUACUCCACCGUCAGGUUUCCAGACGUGGUUUUCUCCCAACGUGGUGCUCAACAUGUGGGGGGAAGAUGCCCAAAUCUGUAUUUGUUCGGCGAAGAAGCAAGGGCUGCUUGCUACCAUCUUGCAUAUACUGGAGAAGCACGGCUUGGAUGUUGUCUCUGCUCAUAUCUCCUCGGGCCCCCAUCGUUGCACCUACAUGAUUCACUCCCAUGCAGGUGGAGGUAGCUGCGGGCAGUUUCCAGAGUCGUCGUUGUCGGUGGAAGAUACGUUCAAGCUCGCAGCUGGAGAGAUGAACUUGUGGUUGUUAUCGUGCUGA